GUUCCUUUCCUAAUACAAAGAAAAAAAGAAAGAGAAUCCGAAGACUGAAAAAUUUCUCAGCACUUUUGUGUUUUAGUCCUGCAAAUGAGUCCUUCCAGUUUAGCAGUGUCUUCUCUGGUGUUGUUGGUUCUCUUUUCUAUUGUUGAAGGGAUUCGAUUGGAGAAAAGUUUCAAACCAUCACGGCAUCCUAAAUUGCUGCAUGAAGAAGCUUCGAUGAAAAACAGUAAUGAAGUUUUGGGAGAUGUCAUUUUAUGCAAAGGACAUUGUACAGGAAACGGUAGGAAACUUCUUACUGCAACUGCUGCUGCUGCUACUGCAUUUUCCACCGGUUCCAAGAGCGAAGACGGUGGAUAUGACAAAGCUAACACUACUUCUAAAGUCGAAUUAGUGAACCAAGGAAAUGGCGAAAAGCAAGAGAAAGUUCCCGUUGGUUCGCCGACAACUUCCGAGGUCCAUGACCAAUAUGCGGACAUCAUGGAGAUAGCUGAAAUGGACUAUUCACAAGCCAAGAGAAAACCUCCAAUACACAACUAAGUGGGGGGGGGGGGGAAGAAUCAAAGACAAUAUUUAACAGAAGAAGA